AUGGAUACCUACAGCCUCCACCCAGACAAUGAUAUCUACAACCUCAACCAAGGCAAUUUAAAUGGAUAUCUACAGCCUCCAUCUAGACACAUUACAUGGAUAUCUACAGACUCCAAAUGGACACUUUACAUUGAUAUCUACAGCCUCCAACCAAACACAUUGCAUGGAUAUCUACAGCCUCCUUCCAGACAUGUUACAUGUAUAUCUACAGCCUCCACCCAGACACUGAAAUAUGCAACCUUCAUCGAGACAAUGAUAUCUACAGCCUCCACCCAGACACUGAAAUAUGCAACCUUCAUCGAGACAAUGAUAUCUACAGCCUCCACCCAGACACUGAAAUAUGCAACCUUCAUCGAGACAAUGAUAUCUACAGCCUCCACCCAGACACUGAAAUAUGCAACCUUCAUCGAGACAAUGAUAUCUACAGCCUCCACCCAGACACUGAAAUAUGCAACCUUCAUCGAGACAAUGAUAUCUACAGCCUCCACCCAGACACUGAAAUAUGCAACCUUCAUCGAGACAAUGAUAUCUACAGCCUCCACCCAGACACUGAAAUAUGCAACCUUCAUCGAGACAAUGAUAUCUACAGCCUCCACCCAGACACUGAAAUAUGCAACCUUCAUCGAGACAAUGAUAUCUACAGCCUCCAUCCAAACACUUUACAUAGAAAUUUACAUCCACCGACCAGACCACGAUAUCUACAACGUCUAUCAAGACAGUUUACAUGGAUAUCUACAGCCUUCAUCCAGACAAUGA